AUGGUGACUGUCAAUGUAAAUUGUGUCUGUGGAAAUCUUGUCACAAAAUGGUCAUCCCAACCCACCAUUGGUCGACAGCCUGUAGGCAACAUCCUUACCGCAGGAGCAAUACUGCUAGGGGGGCAAUCUUAUGAGAAGAUGGCAUUUUUUGCAAGUUUACUCAACUUAGAAUUUAUCUCACGGACAACGUUCAAUGGAAUUCAGGAGUCGAUGCUCUUCCCUACUAUUAAUACUUUUUACCAGCAAGAGAUUCGGGAGUGCAGGGAAGCAGUACGAGGAAGACUUGUCACUGUUAUUGCAGAUGGCCGUUGCGAUUCACCCGGCUACAAUGCGAAGUACUGUACUUAUACCUGCAUGGAUUCUGCUACGUAUAAAGUCAUUGCCAUGGCUUUAGUCCAGGUUUCGCAAGCCAAUAGUUCAGUCGCUAUGGAGAAGGUGGGCUGUAAGAUGUCGUUGGAUGACAUGCUGGCUGCUGGGGUCGAAGUUAAGAUUUUCGCCACUGAUCGGCACGGUGGUAUAAGAAAGAUGCUGCGAGAGGAGUACGAAUGGAUUGAUCAUCAGUUUGAUGUAUGGCAUUUCGCCAAAUCGGUUGUGAAGAGACUAACCAACAAGGCAAAGACCAGAGAUUGUCAGGAUCUUGCACCGUGGAUACAGCAUAUCUCUAAUCAUAUUUGGUGGUCUAGCCAAAACUGCAGAGAGGAUCCGGACAUGCUAGUAGAAAUGUUACAAUCCAUGACACAUCAUCUAGUUGACGUACACACUUGGAACUCUGGAGAAAAAUUCCACGAGUGUGCCCAUGCACCACUGACUGAUGACGAAACUGAAGAGAGAAAGUGGCUUGAGCCGGGAUCCAAAGCGCAUGAAGCCGUUCAGCAAGUCAUUUUUGACAAGCUACUAGUGAAAGAUAUGAAGCAUCUGACAAAGGCCUGCCACACUGGUGUACUAGAAUCAUACCAUGGACUAUACUUAAAGUAUUGUCCAAAGAGGCAGCACUUUUUCUACCCAGCGAUGCUUGCAAGGGCAGUUGACAGUACUUGA